AUGAGACCUUUGACAUCCGCCAGUCCAAACAAGGUACCAAUAUCGAACUUUGCCAGUGUCGAUCGCGAUAAAACAAGAGGGCAAACCUACAUUUCUUAAUACACCAAAGUCGAGGAUGUUUAAUCCCCGAAAAGUCAGAAUAAUAAUUUAAAUGUUUCUCAAUAAAAUGAAAUCCAAACACUCAAAAAGCUUGUCAUUUAGUUAGAUUCCAGAAUAAACCAAUAAAAUGAAACAAUUACUUAAAUUAAAACUGACCUGGAGAAAAUGAAGGAGUUAAACUCAGAAUUAUAGGAAAAAUUAAAAAUGGCUGCCUCUCCAACUUUUCCAAAUUCCAAUAACCUUGAUAGAAGAGCAGUCGAUGAUCAAAAAAAAAUAAAAUAAGAAAUCAUGUAAUUGGGAAACAAGUUUUCUGAAAUGAAAGUUGAUUAUGAAACCAAGCAGAUGUCAUUGGAAGAAAAAGUGCGAUCAAUCCAAAUCUCUUUUGAAAACAGAAUGAAGAUAUUCUUUGAAUCCAAGAUGGAAUUCGAAGAUAUUUAUAAUUCAAUCAACUAAUUAGCAAAUGAGUUGAGUCUCUUAAAAGAAAAAACCAGUCCCGCCGAUACGAUUAAUGAAACCUACCAUGUGGACUAGAAAGGAUACCUGAUGGACUCAUAAAAUAACUACUUGCUUGAUAAAGGGCAAAUGAUAAAACUGAAUGAAAAAUAAAUUUCAUAUUUAAAGCAACAUCAUAAAUUAUUAUGA